UGCUGGUGUGGGGCAGUGGAGUAACUUAAAGACGGAGGUGAGAAAAACCGGAUUGUGGAAAUGCAUUGUGCAGUGGAGUCAGAAUAAAGAAAGUAUGAGAUGAACUUGAAAGGAAGUGGUCCUUCAGUUGAGCCUUGAGUUAGAACUUUAAUGCGUGGCUCCAGAGUCCCACGGGGAUCCGGAGGCUCUCGUUAAUCAACCGUGAUGGGGGUAGCCCAUUGCUUCACUAUGGCCUCUCAAUCGUACAGUAGGUCUCCAGAUAUGGACUAGAAUCAUAUUUCUACUGCCUACACUUCUGUCAGCACUUCCUUAUGUCCGCAGAGCCGUAUUUGCCUCUAAUAAUAAUCGAGAUUGUCUGUUCUAGUAUCGCCAAGUGGUUUCCAUGCUCAUCAUCUUAUGGUUUUCAUUUUGUUUUCAUUCACAGCAAGCCUUUGAGGAACAUGUUCUGAGAGACAGGCAACAGGAUGCGCCACUGAGAUGGGCGAAUUGUUCCGUGGAGCACUUCGCAUUGUGGGCCGUGGAAAAGUUGGCUAUUGGCUGGUUGAGGAGGGAACAUUCUGAAGCUGCUGGUGUUUUACGUCCUCGCCGCUUCGAGGAAUUGCCGUGACACGUGAUGAGCUUGCCAGUCCGCCACCGAGUGUGAUAAAGCAGACUAAGCAGGAGAGUACAGUAUCAACGACAACGGCGGGCAAUUUUCCGCUCAAAAAGGCUCGGUUGCUUCUGAUCUGCGGGAGAGACUUCGAGAACAUUGUUUGUCGACGCGAGACGAGGGUUUGAGGCAAAUCAUGAGGGCAGUCAAGGGAAGGAUGAUAGGAU